GCAGAGAGAGCAGCGCACUUAAGAACUCAGAACUCAGAAAUAGAAGGAAAAAGGCGAUGGGGAAGAAAGCCAAGACCUCCAGGAAGGGAAAGAAGGCAUGGAGGGCCAACAUCAGCACCGAAGACAUCCACGAUUUCUUCGAGCAGUCCACCAAGGACGCCCUCUCCGGCGGCUCUCUCGCCUCCGCCCCCGCCGAGUCUCUCUUCUUCGAAGACAAGUCCAAAGAUCUUUCGGUGAAGAGGAAGAUUGAAAAGCACAGACAGAAAGUACUCCAUGUUGAAAGCGUGCUACAGAAAAAUCCAUUUGUACAACCAGUGCCUUCUUCGACUCUGAAGAAAUCUAAGAAAGCACAUAAAAAGGUUCCAGAACUAAUAGAUGAAUCUGGAUGGAGUCCUGAGCGUUCUGUCUCAUCUUCUGGCAUGGCUGACUUAUGGGGCUACACAGGUGAUGACAACAAAAAAACCAAGAAGACGAGGAAGCCAUCAAUUAUUCCUGCCGUAGAAGUUGAGCCUCCAGGAUCCUCAUUCAAUCCCACAUUUGAAAGUCAUCAGGAAACAUUGGCUCAUGCUGUUGCAGAAGAAAUGGGGAAAGUCUAUAAAAAAGAGCUAGGACCUCAACCAGUUCCUCUAACUGUUCCUGGAGAGGCUGUUGACGAAGAAGAAAUGUAUUUUCUUGAGGCAGAUGAAGGCAGUGAUGACAAUAUGAAUCCAGAAAAUUUGGAUGAGAAUGGGGAUGCUGCAUCCGAGAAAAUGCCUUUAAAAACAAAGAGGGUAACAACAGUCAUAUUAAAUAAGAGAGCUAGGCGUAAAGAACAGCUUAAAAAGGAAGCAGAAGCAAGACAGGCGAAGCAACUUUCCAAAGAAAUUGAUGGCUUACCAGAUAUCAUUCAAGAAAUAGCGAAAGAGGACGAGGAGAGGCAUAAAAGACAUCUUCGACGAGUUGUAGCUAAACAAGAAAAACUCAAGUCAUGUCCCCCACGAUUGGGGAAGCAUAAGUUCGAGCCUGCCCCGGUUCAAGUCCUCUUGACUGAAGAGAUAUCAGGAUCCCUCCGGAAGCUUAAGGGUUGUUGCACCCUUGUCAAUGAUAGGUUCAAGAGCUUCGAGAAAAGAGGACUAAUCCCGCCAAAAGCGAACAAAAGGAAAUAGAGCCUUUUUCUUGAUUUGAUUAACCAAGAUGAAGCAUGGAUUCAAAAUCAUUAGUUCGGGUUCGAGAAGAUCGGCAGAUUUUGUCAGCGUGACUGUUGAGCUCGGAAGUUUUAUACUUAUCUUAUUUCUCACUCUCUCUGUUUUCAAUUUUUGUAUUUCGCAUGGAAAUUCUCCGUUCUAAAACAGCUCCAGUUGUAAUCGACACAGAGAUGUAUCAUGGCAGCGCCUUUUUGGUUUUUCAGUUACAAAAGAAUUCAAUUUGUGA